AUGCGAUUUUGGGCGAUCGGUAUUUACGUUACGAUCGGUGCAACAAUUUUCGGUUUGACAGUUCGCGCCACGAUAGACGUGAAUCUCAACGAAUUGGAGUAUCUCGCGGCACGGCUUGAUCCAUUCGAGUGCCGGCGAUUGAUCGCCGCGCUUCAUUACACGACUUACGACUUGCCGAAGAACUUGGCCGCAGCUGAGCGUAAAGUAGAUGAGGAGAUUUCGUGUUUGCGUCACUUGCUCCAUUGGAAUAGCUCUCCCGGGGAAGGCAGGGGAAAGACGCACGCGGCGAUAGUACAUCGUCUUCGGCAGCUAAAUCGCAAUGAUUUAGCCGAUUGGCUCGGCAAGACCGCCUUCAAACAACUGGGAAAGGAUCUGGACGAUGCUAUCGCGCCGUCCUUCGAGGAUCUCGGCGACGAGGAAACCAGCACGUCGGCAUUCCAACAUUAUUAUAAUUACACUCAGGACUGUGCAAAUAUAUACUUCAUGUACAAAAUACGUGAAAAAUAG